AUGGACACUUACAAGAUCCAAGAAGUCGACGAAAGCAGAAUAGGCGACGAUUUUUAUGAAUCAAUCAAAUCCCGCAUCAGAAUUUCUCAAAGGAACAGAAUUGUCAAAGAAAAACUUAAAGAGGAAGAAGAAUCUCAAGACCCAUUAUACUCACCAAGGCUUUCUCUAUAUUCAACAGAGCGUGUUGAUAUGAUGGUCCAAGAGCAGCUUGAGCAGCGCCGAAAACAAUACAAGGGCUUUAAGAUGGGCUCGUCCUUGCUAUAGGAUUUGCCCUAGGAUGGCGCUAUAUGGCGCCAUCCUAGGGCAAGCGAAAAUUGGCUCCACACGGGAACCGUAUUCCACGUGUGGAGCCAUUUUUCCACGUGUGGAAUCCACAUUUUCCCACGUGGAAAAAUGGCUCCACACGUGGAACACAAUUCCCGUGUGGAGCCGUGUCUCCAAUUGCCCGAGGAUGGCGCAAUAUAGCGCCAUCCUCGGGCAAUUUCUAUAUUUCAAAUUGAAAGAAAAAUCUUAAUUGAAUCAGGAUCUUGCUUUAUGUGAUAUUUAAUGAGAGAAAAAACCUUAUGUGAUAUUAUUCCUGACUACGAAAUAAGCUCUUGUAAAGACGUUUUCCAAGGCACAAUUGACAAAAUGCCAGGCUGUUAUGAAGCUCAUUUUGGUCUGGGGCGACUAUAUAUUUAUGAGAGAGAUUAUCCUAAAGCACUAAGCCAUAUAAAAGAAGCUUUAAAAUAUAUGCCCAAAGAUGCACUUUAUAAUACAUGGUAUGCGUUUUUACAAUUAAAAACCUCAAUAAAUAAUAAACCAGAGCUGCAAAAUACUAAAAGAAUGAUGGAAAUUUUGCUGACGCAGUUACCCAAUCAAUUAGAAAUUCUAUGGGGGUUGUUUGAAAUGGCUAUGGAUAGCGGCCUUAAACAUAGCGUGGACAUAGAAUUGCCUCAAUAUUAUGCAAGCCAUAUAAAAGAAAUUGACACUUACUAUGGAUAUUUGGCUUGGAGCAAGUUUUUCUUGAAAAAUAAAGAGACUAAUAAGGCAUUGCUGAUUUUACAAGAGUUAAUUAAGAGCAACCAGGAUAGGCCUGAAGCUUAUGUGAUAUUAUGGGAAUACACUUAUUAUACUACAAAAGAUUAUGAACUUUGUGAAGGAAUUUCUGCUGAGGCAUUUUUAAGGAUUAUUGACUAUGAUUAUCAUCAAUAUUAUAUAUAUUUCUGUUUCCGCUAUGCAAAAAGCUAUUUUCGCAAUAAGAAGCUUAAUAACUGCUUAGGGCUUCUGCUGCAAAAAUAUACUGAGCAUCCUACUUAUACAUCAUUUUUAUACCAUUACGGAAGGCUAAGCUCAAAAUCAGGCGACAAAAGUUAUAUAAAUUCUGCUAUUGACGCUUUGCACGAAUGUUUAAGACUUUGCAAAAAAUCAAGAUUCGGCAAAAUUUAUUAUUGGCUUUCCCUCGCCUAUAUUAACCAAAACAAGCUCUUUGAUGCUUUUUCAACUAUAAAAAAAGCUAUCAAGCAUCUUGGAAAUUCUCCAUCCCAAAAACUCAGUGAAAUGACUACAAAACUCGAAGAACUUAAACCAAAAAUUGACAUGAAAAUUUCAGUAGAAAAAGAAUUAAGCAAAAAUCUGACCCCACAGGAAUUUGAAAGAUGCAAAAAAGCAUGUGCAGAAAUAAAAAAUUUCCAAAAAGAUAUUGGAGAUAUUAUGUAUUCCAAAAUUAUUUACCUUGAAGGAGAUGAAGAUGAAGCAAUUGCGCAGCUUGAAGAAGCAUCAAAUAAUGGGGAAUUCAGCAUAAAAAUUUACUCCCAAAUGUUUAAAUCACUGAAAAUUAAAAGAGAGUAUAGACUAAUGAAAAAGUUAGGAAAAGCUAUGAUUAUUAGAUGUAGCAGUCCUGAUAUACCUGUUUCUGUAUGGAUGGAAGCGCAUAUUUUAUAUGCAGAUAUUUUAGCAAUAAACAACCAAGCUGCAAAAGCUAUAAAUUUACUUAAAUGCUUAGCCAAAGUUUUUCCUCCUUUACCAUUUGCGGAAGUCCCUUAUACAAAGACUCUUAAAAAAGCUAAAACUGUAGACGAUCUUGCCAAUGCGUCAGCAACUGCAAUAGAAACAUCAAGGUCUUAUAAUUAUACAAACUACAGAAAUUCCCAGGCAAAUAUUCUAUCAGGGGAGUAUUUUGAGUCUUUUCUUAAAGAGCAGGUUCAGCCUGGAAUAUCACAAGAAGGAGAAUUGGCUGCAAAAAUAGUAGAAGACGAAGCUGGGGAAGAGAUCAGUCCAUUAGAAAGAAGAUUGUCGACAAAUGAAAAUUGGUUAAAAUCACUAAGCCACAAAAUUGAAGAAAACAGAAGUAGCAGAAAAAUGCCUUUAGAAGUCCCAAAACAGACAAAUUCUGUGUUAUUUUCACUGUGUUCUGAUCCGAAAUUUUUAUAUAAAAUCGGAAAAAUUUCAGUUAUGCACAGACAGAGCAUUGAGGAUGGCUUGUGUGCAAUAGAAGAUUUUCUGACGUUACUAAAAUUUAGCCACAGCAAUAAAAAGAAAGAAAUUUUUAGGCUAAAAGCACUUUUCUGGAAAGGAUUUUUAUUAGAAAUGUCUUUUGAUUUGCCACAAGCUCUCCAAAUAAUGAAAGAAAUUAGAGGUGGACUAGAGAAAUUAGGAGACAAAAGAAAAGUUGAAAAAAUUGUUAAAUUUUUAGAAAAUCACCAGGAAUUAAAUUAA